AUGCCCGCUCGCCAGGACGCCUACUCCGUCUCCAUCCCCGUUUCCCCCCCUCCCCCAUCAGACAUCUCUACCUACAUGCGCUCGAUGCACCAGCACACCAAGCGUCAGAUGGAGGCUGCCAACCGUUCAUCAUCGCGGAGAUCGGGUGGUCGCACAAGCUACCCUCACAACGGCCACCACUCGUCUUCGAGUCCCGACUACAGCUCGUAA